GCCUACGCCAGUCUCUGCCAGAGUCAGUGUUCGCUGCGACUCCGAAUAGGUGGGAUGUUGUUGCGUAUUUAACUUCAGCUGGCUGAGAUCGCAAAAUCCCAAAAACGUUUUUUUCCGAAACGCGCAUCGUAACCGAGCCGUUUUCUAGUCAAUAUCAAGUAUCGAGUAUCGCGCGUUCGUGUUCGCGCGACGAUAUCGAGUAAAAAAAUCGUCGAUUGUGACCAUCGACAGUACCGUCGCACGUUGCGUGCCGCAUUGUGUCACGGUGUGUACAAAGUAUAUAUGCGAGCCGCCGGCGCCCGAGAGGGAUAAACUGUUCGAAAGAGGAAGUGAGAGAGAGAGAUUGGGCGGGCGUGAAAGAGUGACAGAGAAGCAUCUGGGGUCGCUGUCGCGGAGAAAGGAAAGGCGGAAGGAUUAUAUAUUCGGACAAACAUGGCCACUGCGAUCGACGACCGGCAGGAGCUAUUGGAGCAAUUUCAAGCGAUCGACGCAAACGGAGAUGGCUUUAUUAAUGUCACUGAACUGCGAAACGCACUGGACGUUUGCGGUUUCAAGAUGCCAGGCUACAAGGUGCGUCAGAUGAUCGAAGAAUACGAUGAUAAGCAGCAACUCGAGCACAGAGGUCGUCUUUCGUUUGAGGAGUUUGAGAAACUUUGCAAGGAGCUCAAGGCUAACGAAUUGGGUUCUACGUUCAAACAUGUCGUCUCGAAAAAGGAGAACCUUGAAACUUUAGGCGGAAUUUCCGAGGCAUCCAGUGAAGGCACUACACAUUCCGUCAGGCUCGAGGAACAAUUGGCGUUCAGCGAUUGGAUCAACACCAAUCUCUUACACGAUCCAGACCUGAAGCACCUGCUGCCUAUCGAUCCAGAGGGAAAGGCGCUUUAUGAUAAAGUUAAAGAUGGAAUUUUACUUUGCAAAAUAAUCAAUCAUUCCUGUCCGGACACCAUUGAUGAGCGUACGAUUAAUAAGAAAAACCUAACCUUGUACAAGAAGCACGAGAACUUAACGCUAGCGUUAUCUUCAGCUCAAUCUAUUGGCUGCAAUAUCAUAAACAUUGACGCCCACGAUCUUACAAAAGGUUCACCCCAUUUGGUGUUGGGACUGCUCUGGCAGAUUAUCCGAAUUGGCUUGUUCAAUCAGAUUACUCUUGAGAAUUGUCCUGGUCUUACCACGCUUCUGCAAGAUGGUGAACGAAUCGAAGAUCUGCUAAAACUAUCUCCGGAAGCCAUACUUCUUAGAUGGGUGAAUCAUCAUUUGGAGAACGCUGGCAUCGCCAGACGAUGCAACAACUUCCAGUCCGACAUCACGGAUUCCGAGAUUUAUACUUAUCUUAUCAAACAGAUUGCGCCCAACACGGCUGGCGUCACCUUGGAAGCCUUAAUGGAACCGAACCAUAUGUCCAGAGCGGAGAUCAUGCUUCAGCAAGCCGCUAAACUGGGCUGUCGUAGCUUUGUAACUCCUAGCGACGUCGUAAACGGUAUCUACAAGCUCAAUUUAGCCUUCGUUGCCAAUAUGUUUAAUAACUACCCCGGUUUGGACAAGCCGGAAAGUAACAUUGAGGGUUUGGAGUCUCUCGAGGAGACACGAGAGGAAAAAACCUAUAGAAAUUGGAUGAACUCGAUGGGCGUGAUGCCUCACGUCAAUUGGCUCUAUUCAGAUCUGGCCGAUGGUCUGGUUAUUUUCCAGCUGUAUGAUAUCAUUAAGCCGGGAACUGUAAAUUGGAAUAAAGUGCACAAAAAAUUUACGAAGCUCCGAAAGUUCAUGGAAAAGUUGGAAAACUGCAAUUACGCUGUCGAGCUGGGCAAACAAAUGAACUUUUCGCUUGUGGGUAUUGCCGGACAGGACCUCAACGACGGAAACGCGACCCUGACGUUGGCGCUUAUAUGGCAAUUGAUGAGAUCAUAUACAUUGUCGAUUUUGACGUCUCUAGCUGGUACUCAGGGAAGCAACGUUGAAAAAGAAAUCGUCCAAUGGGUAAACUCUAAACUUCAGGCGGCUGAAAAAACUAGCAGUAUCAAGGGAUUUCAAGAUUAUGCGAUAUCAGAUGGCAAAGUUGUCCUUGAUCUUAUCGAUGCUAUUAAACCUGGCUCAGUGAACUACGAUCUCAUUAAAGAAGGCGGGACUGAAAAGGAGAACUUGGAUAACGCUAAAUACGCGAUAUCCUUAGCGCGAAAAUGCGGCGCGCGCGUCUAUGCACUGCCGGAAGAUAUCACCGAAGUGAAGCCGAAAAUGGUAAUGACAGUAUUCGCCUGCUUGAUGGCCAUGGAUUACAUCCCGAAUAUGGAUUCUGUGAAAAAUCAGAAUAACGUGAACAAUGGCCAAUAAUGUUGACGCUGAUUUGUCUUAUUAUAUACUUUUUGUACACAAAAACUUUCGAAUCGGGGCCGUAUCGCUUCGCGCCUCUUCCACGAGCGUCAUUUGUAUAUACGUAAUUUAAGUUAGCUUGAGAAGAGUAGUACCAGGAAGUAUUACUACUAGAAAAAAUAACAAGACGAGAAAAAUUCGAGAACUUGAGAAUCCCGAUAAGAUAAAAAAUUCCCAAAUUGAGCAAAUAGUCGCGCGAAAUAUGGCAAAAAUUGUGUUUGACGAAAAAAAUAAUUUUAUCGUCAAAUUUAGAUAUUUCUUAAUUCUAUAAAAUAUUAGUAUAUAAAAUAUCAAUAUAAUAGCAUUUGUGAUACUUUAAAUAUAUAUACAAUAUAGUGAGAUUUUCACCUGCAAUAUAAAUGAUCGAAAUUUAAAAUCAUUUUAAAAUGAAGAAAAUGGAUUUUUUAUAUUAAAGUAUGAGAUGACCAGACAGUUUCUCAAUUAAGCUAUUUAAGAUUCAUGAUAUGCCGAAUAUUGAUACUUUUGUGUCAGAAAAUAUAUUAUAUAAAGAUAUAUUAUGUGCAAAUUGUCUCAAAUUGCCGUUAUUUAAUUUUAAAUUUUUUCAUACAUGGUGAUUGAUUGUUGUGUUAUUAUGCAAUAUGGAUUCUUCAUUGCUUUUUUGCAAUCAUAUCACUUGUUUUCACUUUAUAUAUUUUUUAUCGUCACAUUGUAAAAAUUAGUUAAAAUUUUAUCAAGAAGUAGGCAGAUAAGGAACACGCUAAAGAUUAUCGAGAAAUAUUUACAAUGUAUACCGAAAUAUCUUGAAAGGUAAAUAUACGCAGGAUAUUUCAGAUUCCGAUUAAUUUUAAUGAUAAAACAUUUUCUAAGUCCAGGUUUAAUUAAAGAUACACAGAAUGCAGAACUUUAAAAUUAUAAUAUACUAUGAUAAAUUUUUCUAGACAUUUUCUUUUGGAAAAAUUAAUUUUUAAUUUAAUAUGAGAAACUAAGGAAUAUUUUGUAUAUAUAUUUCAAGUAAAUAACUCAUCUGGCGCAAAGUAAAUGAAGUUUGAUAUGAAAUUUACAAACUUAUAUUGGAUACAGUAAAGAUAUAAAUAUUUAACAUAAUGUAUACGUACAUAUAUUUGAUAGUAUAGAUGUAAGAGACUUGUGAUCUGUUUGAAUUGUUAUUUUAAGCGCUCUCAGUGAUUCACAGUGUCUAUCAGAGGGUUAUGACAAUCUAAAAUCUUGUUGGUUUAGUUUCUUCAAUAUUACAAGCGAAUUUUAUGUCAAGCGUAAUUUACAAUAGCUAUACAAAUUAUACAUAAAACAAAUAUUUAUAUAUUAUAUAUAUAUAUUAUAUAUAUAUAUAUGAGAAUAUCGAUAAAUUUUUACAUAUUUUGUCUGGCUCUAAAAUCUGAAUUAGAAAGUAAAGGCUUCUGAUAAUUCAUUGUUGAAAUCUGCCUACGUCACUCUAGCGCGGUAACAGUUUCUAUGACAUUUAUAUAUUAGAGACGAUAUAUUAUUCAAAAAUGUCAGUCGACGAUUAUGUGAGCCAUUAAUCGCCAGAUUAUGCGUUGUAAGUGGACAGAUAAUGAAGAAUAAUAAUGUAAUCAUGUUGACACAUAAAAAUUAUUAUAAUCGUGCCAUUAUUACUACUGAGGUGUGAUUUGAUAUUUACAUGAUAUUUAUAAUCAAUUCGAAAAUCGAAACGUACUUAUGCAACUAAUAGCUAAUAUUAAAACAAAAUUUACAGUUGCAAAUAAAAAGUAAAGUGUAAAUGAUUUUUCUUUCUUCUCUCUCUCAAUUUUGCAGGUUUCUGUAACGCGUUUUGCAUAUGUAGCGUAUGUAGAUUGAAAAAAAUCAAUCAUUUUCAACAAAUAAAUGAUUCUUAUGUGAUAUGAUUUAAUCGCAAAAUAUAUCAAAAUGAUUAGAAUUUUUUUGAUAAAAUUUUAAAAUGUGAGGGUAAAGGGAGGGGGGAGGGAAUUUCAUUAUAUAUAUUACAUAUAAUUAAAAUUUUUAAUAAGCACUAAGUUUUUAAUAGAAAAAGGGGAAGAAAAGAUAAGAAGAAUUAAGGGAAAUUUACGAAAAAUUUAAUAUACUUUGCAUAAUUAUCAUUGAGACUUGAAUUACAGAUACUUGAAUUAUAGAUCAUUAGUUAAUUAAUAUUAUAUUCAAAUAUUAAUUCAGUGUAUAAGACGAUAUAAGAAAUUAUAUAUGAUGAAUAUAACUAAUUGUAAGUGCAAUGCGUCUUAUCGAUAUAUUUGUAUAGAUAAUUUUAUUGCAUUAAAUUUUUUUUCUUAAGACAUCAUUGCAUUAUUAUUCCAAGAGCAAACAAUUGAUGCGUGCGAACGCGUGAUUAUAAUGUAUUUAUGUAACGCGUAUUAGUAAGAAAGAAUUGCUUGAGAUAAAAGAAUAGAAGCUGAAAAAUCGAUUUGUAAUGCAAACUUGGAAUAUUUAUGCUAUGUAUUUAAUUAUGUUGUUGUAGCAAUCGCGAUUUGAAAAUUCUCAAGGGUUAUUGGCAAUUUAAUUAAUUAGAGCUAAGUAUUGCAAUCAUUGAAUAACAAUCUGAAUUUACAAUGAUCACUGUAUUUGUGCGUACAUUUCAUAUAUACACAUAUGCAUGCGCCUAUACACAUAUACAUGCAUACUGUAUAUUGUGUGUGUACAUGUCAUGCGUCCAUUGUGUAGUUAUAACUUAAUAUGUAUGUAAUUUAAAUAAAAGAACUUUAUUAUAUAUAA